UAAGAACCAUGUUUUUCAAAUUAUUUCAUAGGUUGUUUGUGGAGAUAGUUAUCCUGUGAUGUUCCAGCAAUUGUUGGGGAAAAAAUUGCUCCUUAAGAUAGAUACCAAGAGUGUUGGUGCAGACAAGUAUUUUGGAACUUUCCGUGUGAGAAGAGUUUGUGAUGAUGCUGCUAUUAUUUCCAUGUUUUAGUUGCCUAACUAUGAUGCGGAUGAUGAGCGUACUCCAUUGAAGGAUGGUAAGUUGGGAAAGAUCCCUUCAAGUGAGGAUGAACAUAUUGUUGACAAGAGAGAGCCCUGUGAGGUGCUGGAUGAGGGUAUCAUUGCUGAUGGAAAUUGUUCAAAUAUGAAGACAAACUGCUGGCCUUUGAUUGAUUUUCUUGGUGAAAAGGGUGCUGAAGUUCCUGGAUUGGAUGAUAUAAGUACUGAAAUUGAUAUUGUAAAAGAGGCAGGGAAAAAUGUUGAUGAUGGUGUACUUGUUGAUAGGGAGUGCAGUCUGGAAAUUGAGGGCUUUUUGAAUUCUCCUCCCGUGAAAACUACGGGUGUACUUUCUGCUGUUCUUGAUGGAUCCCCUGUUCAUGUGAUCAAGAAAGAGACUGCUUCCAAUCCUCCCAGGGGUAGAAAAGUUAAGAGAAAUCUGAAAAAAUCUUUUGAUGAUGUUGCCGGUGAGGAACUUGGCCCAACUUCCAAGGUUCUCAAGAACCAUGAUGUUUGAGAUGUUAAUAGAGCUGCCGGUGUUGUUGUAAAAUAGUUUAUUAAUCUAAGAAGUAGUUAACUUAUAUGCACUGAAUCCAAUGUUUCAAUCAGAUGUGAAGAUGCUGUCUGUGUCCCAUCCAUUUUUUUGAGCUGUGUCCAAAGACUAGCAUGGUUUCGUAGUAUCGUUUUGUUUUUUUGUACUUUGCUAGGGAUUGUACACAGUGUCCUAUGUAAAUGAUGUGAUAUGGGCAGGUUUUGGAUUCUAGGUUAUUUUAAAAUUUGCACC